CUAAGAUUUCCAAAUCCUCAUAAACUGUCAACUUUGACAUUUUCGACGACAGCGUCAGCUACUUGUACCUCAACACCAUAGAACAAGCACACAGCACUUCGUAUUUAAUACUUUCGAUAAAAAAUACUUAGUAGAUGUAAUUGAUUGAUAAAAAUAAUAGACAAUGUCAACAGCAUCUCCUUCUUUGAGUUUGGAAGAAUCUAAGAAAAAGCAGCUUCGACAAUACAAGGAAAUAAUACGAAUAAGCAAAGCCCAGUCGGCUCGUAUUAAGGAUCUUCAAUUGGAAAAUGAACGGUUGUUGUCGGAAAACAUUGACCUGAGGUCUGUUGCAAUCAAUUUAGAAGAACAAUUGGAGUCUCAACAAUUAAAAAAUGAAGGAUUACAAGAAAAACUUGGUUCACUUUUGACAAAGUUCCAAGGGGAAGCUGAAUCUUUCAUAAAAUCAAUAAGUCAAUAUCGUCAAGAUGCUCAAGAAUAUUUUCAAUCUUGGGAGACUCAAGCGACAAGAGAAGCUGAAUCGGAUGAAGAAGAUCUCGAUGAGGAAACUUUUGUCAAAGAAACAGAGGAUAUAUUAAAAGAGGCUAACGAAGAUGUAUCUAUAAAAAAUUUAAGCUGUUUACUAGACAAAAAUGGCAAUGUAAACGACCAUUCAAUUAACAAUUCGGAGAAAGCAUCAAGUUCAUUUACUCGGAAUCAUGAAACAAACAGAGAGCAAGAAAGUUCCGAUGGAAGAAGCAGCAGUGGUCCUUCCAAAACGAGAUUUCACGAUAAGCCUAGCGAAGCAACCGGUGAUUCCUCAAAUGGCAAGGAUUUGACUGAAUUUAUUUCCAACGGUCCAGAGACUGUUAAGACGAAUGGAAACAACGUUCAAGAUAAGUCACAGGAUCAAACGACUAAUUUAAGUUCAAGAACUUCCGAUAAUUAUAUUUCUAAAAAGUCAGAUGUAGCCCCUGUUAAUACUGACCGGCACAUAGCAGCCUCCGCUCUCUCCGAUCCUACUACUAAUGAAGUUAUCGUUGAUGCAAACUUUUCUCGCAAAUUAAGUUUAUUAGGGCCGAAGGUACUUGGAACAAAUGAUGAUACUAAUACCAAUCAACAACAAACAAAAAGUCGUUCGUUAGAUGAGGUUUCCCAAGAUGUAGAACAUCAGCCUGGAUCUCCCAAAGAAUCCGAUACUCCAUCCACACAUUCUACCAACUCUGAAUUAAUAAAAAACCCUCAAAAGUCAGUUCCCCAACCAACGCCUACACCGAGGUUAAUUCCGGAUACCCCCAGCAUAAAUUUACAAGAGUCCUAUAGAGUCAACAAUUAUCCGAAUCCACAAGAUCUUCCUGAAAAACGAAAAAGCUCUUUAUCAAGGCUACGUGCUAAUUCAGAAACAUCGGAUAGCGAUGAACCAUUGUGCAAUUUAAAAAUUAUGAAUAAUAGAUUUUCAAGUGAGCCUCCUCGAAGCAUUGAGCUGGUAACUAGUAGAGAUAACUCGACUGCUUCUAAUCCUCUUUGGCUUCAGGGGAUCUUGAACAAUCGUGCUUCGCCGAUUAGAACAUCAAAAGAGACACCGAAUUUAAGUCACAAUCAGCAUAAUCAAGGUUCCCUAUAUGACAACCUCCAAUUGCUAUCGACGGUAACCAACUUGAAAUUUUUUGAAACACAUGCCAAGGACGAAAAGACUUCAGAAAUGGAAGCAAAAGAAGAACCACCUGCGAAGAAAACGAGAAGAGGUAGGCCUCCGGGAAGCACAAAUAGACAGACAAUCCCUAGUAGUCCUGAACAGCAAAGCCGUUCCGCCUCCGAGGAAUUAAAUGAUGGAAGAAGUAGGCGAGAGAGAAAGCGUGUUAACUAUGCUCUUCCAGGGCUUCGCACUAAAAUGCGAAGGGACUUUAAUUUGCCUACGGACCACUCGAAACCACGAAGACACAGGCGUGCUAAAGCAGCAGAACCUAUAGCCGAGGAAGCGGCCGAGGAAGCAGACGGUUAGGCUCUUCUGUCGUUACUAUUAUUUAUUUCAAAAACCUCUUAUAUCCUUGUCAUUUAAUGCCCCCAUCUUUGGGUUCGUUUGUUUGUUUGUUUGUAUUAACUAGCUACAUGAAAGCAUGAGUGCUUCAUACGUUUCUGGGAUUGUCAUUAUUAAUAUAUAUAUAUAUAUAUAUAUAUAUAUAUCUACUAUAUAUAGUUAUUAAAUCGAGUAUUUAUAUGUAUCUAUUCUUAGGCUGUCAUUGUCGAUAAUUUGUUCAUAGUCAAAAGGAUUUCUCCAAUG